GAUUUGGAUUAUGGAGACUCAAGGAAGAGAGACCAUAAUGCCGAAGAUUGUCCAAGGAAGAGCAAGUUUUCCCAAAGAUUGUUUAGGAUGAAGAGAUCACAAUCUGACGAGAAUGGAAAACUGAAAAGUUCGUCAAAAGACUCAAAGAGUGAACCUUCAAAAGAAACAAUGGAUGAUUACCCAAGCGAGAUCCUGGAGAAAUAUUAUAAGGAAACGACAGCAGAACCACCUGACAAAAUGCUGAAAUCUGCUUACAAUGAAGUUUUGAUAAGAGAUAAUGUCAUAAUGGAGAAGAAAGAGGAGAAUAAUAUCACAGGAGAACCAACAGACACAACACAAAGACCUUACUGCAACAAAACAGCAACUGAUCAAGGCAGUACGAAUGAUCAGCUGAGAAAAACAAUGAUUGAUUACACUAUAGGAGAUACUAGAAGA